AUGUGGAGAUCUCUCUGGCUGUGGACGGCGAUCGCGCUGUUUGAAACAGCUUCUGCUCAGUUUCCCCGCCCAUGUACCACAGUCUCUGCCCUGCUCUCCAAACAAUGUUGCCCAUCGCAGGGCUCGGAUGCAGCAGUACUUUGCGGGGCUGAACUCAAUCGAGGGGAGUGUACUGAUGUGCAAGUAAGUGAGAAACCCUGGAGUGGACCCUACAAUCUGCGAAACGUGGAUGACCGGGAGAGGUGGCCGCUCAAAUUCUUUAAUCGGACCUGCAGAUGUACGGGAAAUUUUGCUGGGUAUAACUGUGCUGAUUGCAAAUUUGGAUGGACCGGCCAAAACUGUGACCUGAGAAGAGCACCAGUGAUCAGAAAAAAUAUCCAUUCUCUGACCCCAUCAGAGCAACAGCAGUUCCUGGAUGCACUGGAUCUAGCCAAAACUACAAUGCACCCAGAUUAUGUAAUUGCUACUCAACAUUGGCUGAGUUUGCUAGGACCUAAUGGGACCCAACCACAAGUAGCAAAUGUCACAAUAUACAAUUAUUUUGUGUGGCUUCAUUACUACUCCACAAGAGACACACUGCUGGGACCUAGUCAGACAUUUAAAGCUAUAGAUUUUUCUCACCAAGGUCCAGCUUUUCUUACCUGGCAUCGAUACCAUUUAAUGUUGCUGGAGAAAGAUUUACAGAAACUCAUAGGAAAUGAUUCAUUUGCAAUUCCAUAUUGGAACUUUGCCACAGGAAGAAAUGACUGUGAUGUCUGCACAGUGCCUUUGUUGGGAUCCAUGCACCUUGAUGACCCGACAUUAAUUAAUCAGAGUUCCAGGUUCUCGCAGUGGGAGAUUGUGUGCAAUAGUUUGGAUGAUUAUAACCGCUUGGUCACUCUCUGCAAUGGAACAAAUGAAGGUCCAAUAAGGAGGGCCUUCUUGGGAAAGAGCGGAAUCCGGCUGCCAAGCAUGGAGGAUGUUCACCGUUGUAUGUCUAUUAAAGAAUUUGAUACUCCACCUUAUUCCAAGAAUUCUAAUUUCAGUUUCAGAAAUGCCCUUGAAGGAUUUAAUACACCAGAUGGCAAAUCAGGCACUGGCGAAGUUCAAAGUCUUCACAACUUGGUUCAUUCUUUUUUGAAUGGAACAAGUGGGAAUCCACACUCUGCAGCAAAUGAUCCACUUUUUGUGGUGCUCCAUACCUUUAUCGAUGCUGUUUUUGAAGAGUGGAUGAAACAAAACAGCCCUGCAAUGAGCUCAUGGCCAGAGGAGCUGGCACCGAUUGGGCACAACAGGCAAUCUAAUAUGGUGCCAUUUUUUCCACCUGUGACCAAUGAGGAACUAUUUCUAUCAUCAGCCGAUCUAGGUUAUUCAUAUGCAAUUGAAUUGUCACAAUUUCAUAUUUCCUUGGGUACCGAGCUAGCUGCGACCAUCAGUGGAAUCUUGGUGGGCUUUGUCUUGUUAGCUGUACUGCUGAUGCUAUUUCUGCAACAACGAAAGAAGAGAGGUUAUGAACCUUUGUUGGGUUCAGAAUUUUCCAACAAGAUGUACAUUGAAGAAGCUUAG